AUGGGAAAGAAGAGGCCCACGCUCAAGGGCACCGUCCAGCGUGGAUAUGCCACCACCUCGACCCCCAAAAAGGUGCAGGACCCUCCACCGGCAGCUGCCAAGAAGCCCGCCGCCAGUGCUGCAAAGGCUGCCUCGGCCGCCGCAGCCGACUACGAGAAGGCCAACGAUCAGAGCCUGGCCGAUAAUCUGUCCGGCUCCAAUACACCUGCUGACGACGGCAAGCGCACCGAAACCGACUUCUACGACCCCGAAAAGGAGGAGGAGCAGGCUCUUCAGAAUCUCGUCGAAAAGCUCCAGGACCGCGUCGAGAAGGAGGUCUCUCGCCAGCACAAGGCCAUCGAGUAUGACCGUCGCUUUGCAAAGACGCUGCCCAACUUUGAGAUGGAGCCCGAGCUGCGCGAUCAAGUGCUGCAGAUCGCCGCCGAGCUUCACAAGCCGUCGUCCAGCUCCAAGGCUCGAGUAGAGGGCGAUGCAACAGGAGACGCGUCCACGGGCUCAGUAAAUGCGGUUGACUCGGCAUCGACACCCGCUUCCACCGCUUCAGGUACGACCACCGUCUCCGGCAGCGCCACCCCGGUCAGCGUUGCCUCGUCGCACACCUCGCUUGCCAUGGCCACGUUGACAAAAGAUCUUCAAAAGGUCUCGGUCGGCAACGCCAGCUCGUCGUCUAGCACCGCUUCAUCUUCCAAUGCAUGGGCCGAGUCCCAAGACAAAGUCAUGACAAGAGCAUUGACCACCUAUCAGCUCCUCCUCAAGCUCGGCUUCACCUCCGCCCAAGCCGAGGAUGCGCUCGCCAACGCCGCCGCUCCUGACGUUGAAGAGUGUCUGUCGCAUCUCUACCAAUCACUGGACGAAGAGUCGCUCGAGGACGCCAUUCGUGCAGGAGAGGGAAAGGCGGCCAAGAAGCGCCGCGGCAAAGAUACUACCGGGGCGGCUGACGACAUAGCCGACGACGGCGAGGACGAGGAGUACGAUGAUAGCAGACCACCCCUCGAUGCAGGUUACGAGUUCCACCGAUCCGAGGCCCUGGGCAAGAACGACUUUGCCCGCUCAGAACAGGCUCCUUCGGGAAAGAUCGUGCCGGGUGCUGCUCUUUCGUCUGCUGCUACAUCCGUACCUACCCCUGCCGCGUCAGCCAAGCCAGCAACCGCAGCCAUAACAGCAAAGGUCGACCCUGAGAAGCUCGCCGCGCUGAAAAAGGCGUGCGAACGCCUCGUUCUGCAGCUCAGCGACGACCUCGAAUCAGAUCAGAUCGACACGCUCGAAAAGCCGACGGCGACAUGGUCACUCUUGCGAGCCAUGCAGAUUCGAAUCGACCAAGAGAAGUCGAAAUGGAAGAAGGAGCUCGGCAAGGAUGGCGACGUACACAUGAAGCAGGAGGAGGCCAGGCUCGAACGCGUCCUCGGCCGCACAAAGGACUUUAUGCGCGAGUGCGAACGAGGCGCCUACUUCGACCAAAAGACCGCCACGGACGGCUUUCGCCAAGUGCUCAGGCAGCGCGAGGAGAUCGAGAAGCAGCUCAAGGCUGCCGAGGAGCAAGAGGAACAGAAACGCCAGCAGCGGCGCCGCGAGAUCGAGGCAGCCGCCGGUCUCGAGUCUUCCAGCCCCACAGAGGAUGUAGCUGCAGAAUCUGGCGCUGACAAGCCAAAGGCCCCCGAGGUCGCGAACGAGAAAGACUCAGAGAAGAAGCCAGACUCGCAAGACGAAGACAAGCAAAAGGACGACGCCAAGUCUGAGGCCGGUUCCGACGACGAGGGCGGCUUCUUUGGCGACUUGCUCAACGAGGGUCCGGUCGAAGAUAAGGACGCCGACACGGGGUUCAUCAUCACCAUGCGUGAUCUGCCGCCGCGAGCCAAGAGCGGAGGGGGCGGCAAGACGCCUCGCGUUAUGCUGUCCGAUGCACUCAAGCGUGCCGACGCCUACUCGACCUACAAAUUCACUGCCAUCCCGUCUGGCGGUCGUCUUCAUCGCAGCAAAUUGACUAUUCGCUGGAACGGAGGCAAAGUGGUCCCCAACAAGAACCCGAUCACCUCUGGUAGCCCGACGUACGUCGACGAGUACACGCUCACCACCGUCGGCUGUGCCACCCAGCUGCAGGCCGAUGAUUUUGUCGCCACCGUCGCCCUCUUCUGCAUCGACCGCGACAAGUCUGUCCAGCGUGCUUUACCGCCCGGAUACCGCGAGUGGUGGGAGGAGCUCACCGCCCUGCAGAAGGACGAGCGGGACCGCAAGAGUCGAACUCGGUUCCAGCGUGUCCGAGAUGUCGUCCGUGUCCGGAUGGACGAGGCAACUGCCGCCAAGAAGGCCAAGGCCAAACUGCCUGUCAACGGCAACACGGCUGCAACAGAGCAGACCGAGCUCGGCGAGCUGUCUUCGGCUUCCGCGCCGCAGCCGUCCGAGACGAGGGCCAAGGAGAUUGCCGACUACUUUUCCAACCGUGUCGCAUCGCCAUCCUACCAAAAGAUGCUCCCUGGCCGCCAGAGUCUGCCCAUCGCCAACCAUCGUCAAGAGAUCCUCGACCUGGUCGAGAACAAUCAGAUCUUUGUACUCAGCGGUGAAACGGGAUGCGGCAAGUCGACGCAGGUGCCCGCCUACAUCCUGGAGCACUGCAUGUCGCAGGGCCGCAACUGCAAGAUCUACGUCACAGAGCCAAGGCGUAUCUCGGCCAUCUCGCUGGCGGAGCGCGUCAGCGAAGAGCUUGGCGAGCCGCGGAAGAGUGUCGGCAGCAACGACAGCCUGGUCGGCUACGCGAUUCGUCUCGAAAGCAACGUCGGAAAGAAUGCGCGCCUCGUGUACGCAACGACCGGUAUCGUUCUGCGCAUGCUCGAGGGCACCGCGUUCAACGAGAUCACGCACGUUAUCAUCGACGAAGUGCACGAGCGAUCGAUCGAGUCAGACUUCCUCCUCAUCAUCCUCAAGACGCUCAUCUCGCACCGCAAAGACCUCAAGGUGAUCCUCAUGUCGGCCACGGUCGACGCAGAGCGCAUCAGCAAGUACUGCGGUGGCUGCCCCACCAUCGCUGUGCCAGGCCGCACCUUCCCCGUCAACGUCCACUACCUCGAGGACGCCGUCGAGAUGAGCGAUUACAUCAUCGAAGACGACUCGCCUUACGCGUUCCGGCCCAAGCGCGGCUACCGCCAAGGCGAUGGAAGCGCACGCAAGCAGAACGCGCCGGGCAACAAGAGCAAGCUGCAGCUACUGGCUCAAGCGCCCACGCCGGAAGAAGAGGACGACCCCGCUCUGCUCGACGAUGACGACGAGGACCCCGAGGGCCGUGGCUCGAGCACGGGCGGUCUCGGCAAGGCGUACCGAAGCAAGACGAUCGACACGCUGGGCCGAAUGAACGAGUACGUGAUCAACCACGAUCUGAUCAUCAAGAUCCUCGAGCGCGUGUGUCUCGAGAAGGACCUGGAGCCGUACAGUGCGGCCACGCUCAUCUUUAUGCCAGGUCUCGCCGAGAUCCGCAAGUGCCACGACAUGCUGGUGGACCACCCGACAUUUGGUGGCCCGGGCUUCCAGCUGUUCCCUCUGCACUCGACCAUCUCGUCCGAGAACCAGGGCGCAGUCUUCAACGUGCCACCCGCAGGCGUGCGCAAGAUCGUGAUUGCGACCAACAUCGCCGAGACGGGUAUUACGAUCCCGGAUAUCACUUGUGUGAUCGACUCGGGCAAGCACCGUGAGAUGCGCUACGACGAGAAGCGGCAGAUCUCGCGGCUGGUCGAGUGCUUUAUUGCGCGGAGCAACGCCAAGCAGAGACGCGGACGUGCGGGCCGUGUGCAAGAAGGUAUCUGCUUUCACCUCUUCACCAAGUACCGCCACGACUCGUACCUGGACGAGCACCCGCUGCCGGAGAUGCUGCGUCUGUCGCUGCAGGAUCUGGCGCUCAAGCUCAAGAUCAUGAAGAUCAAGAUUGGCGACUCGAUCGAGCAUGCGCUGUCGCAGGCGCUCGAUCCGCCGAGCGCGGCCAACGUGCAGCGGGCCAUCGCGGCGCUGGUGGAGGUCAAGGCGCUCACGUCGGGCGAGGAGAUCACGCACCUGGGGCGGCACCUGUCCAAGAUGCCGCUGGACGUGCACAUGGGCAAGUUCCUGCUGGUGGCGACGCUGUUCAAGUGUCUGGAUCCGGCGCUGACGAUCGCGGCGGCGCUCAACUCCAAGUCGCCGUUCAUGACGCCGUUCGGGAAAGAGCUCGAGGCGGAUCGCGCCAAGCAGAGCUUCAAGCUGGGCGACUCGGACUUCCUGACGAUCGCCAAUGCCUUCAACGGCUUCCGGCGCUCGACGGUGCAGAACCACCACCGCACGUUCUGCAGCCGAAGCUUCCUGAGCAUCCAGAAUCUGCUGCAGAUCGAAGAGCUGCGCCAGCAGUACUUUUCGUACCUCAUCGAUGCCGGCUUUGUCAGCGUCGACGAUGGCUUCCGCCAGGAGCUCAAUCGGCUGCGCUACCGCAGUGGCGGCGCGAACUAUGGCAAGCCCAAGUUCAUGGUCAUUCCGGCGGAGCUCGACGUCAACUCGUCGAGUCUGUCGAUGAUCCAUGCGACGUUGGCGGCGGGGUUGUAUCCGAAGCUGCUGCAUAUCGAUGCCAAGACGUUCCAGCUCAAGACGAUCGGCAACAGCCAGCCGACGUCGAUCCAUCCGUCUUCGGUGAAUUUCCGGGUCAAGAUGAGCGAGCUGGUGCGCGGGGCGAGCAGCUACAUGCUGUACUACACCAUGAUGCAGAGCAAGAAGCUGUAUGCAUGGGAGACGGGGCUCAUGGACGAUAAGGCGGUGUACAUGCUGUGUGGGGAUGGCGAGUUUAGACUUGCGUCCAACAGUCUGUACAUUGACCGGCAGAGGGUGCGGAUUGCAAGUGCGGAUCCCAAGACGCUUGUGGCGCUCAAGACGCUGCGCGAAGGAUUGGGUCGGCUGAUGAAGGCGAGCUUCAGGAAUCCGGGCAAGGAGUGGACCGAGGCUCAGCAGAAGCUGUUUGAGCUGGCGUGCAAGGUGCUCGGUGUAGGCGCCAAUGACAAGGACCUUGCAUUGCUGCAGUAG